GCUUCUGUCAGAGCUAUCGAUAGUCCCGCAGCUCUGGUGGCUUAGUGCCGUUGAAAAUUGUUGUACACAGUCAAGAUAUUGAUUUUUGCGAGCCGAGAGGAAAACGCGACCCCAGAACCCCCGCCCCCUGCGCGCGACUAGUAGUAGUAGUAACGACUCACGGUCCUUCAAACAUUACGCAGCCCAAGGUUCUGGAAAAAAUCGAAGAUUACGAGCAGAGCAACAAAAAAGGGGCAGAACGUGCAGAGCAAGCGAAGCGAGUGAAAGUGCCCGCAGUUCCGCAGUCAGCAAAAGUAGAACUCGAACUCGAACUCCAACUCGGGCUACAGUUCUUCAAGCCAAUCCGAGUUUCCCGACUCGCAGCCUCCCCUGAGCAGUUGCGGAAAAUAGGAAAAGAACCCCCGAAGGGAGCACCCCCCGCGGAGAAGGAACGGAGAAAAGUGCAGUCCGCCAACUGCGUCGAGCGCCCCGACCAAUUUAACCAGAGGAAAAGCAAAAGAGACAGCAGCAGCCAUGGCUUUCGCCGGACUUAAAAAGCAGAUCAACAAGGCCAACCAGUACAUGACGGAGAAGAUGGGCGGCGCCGAGGGCACCAAACUGGACAUGGACUUCAUGGAGAUGGAGCGCAAGACGGACGUCACCGUGGAGCUGGUGGAGGAGCUGCAGCUGAAGACGAAGGAGUUCCUGCAGCCGAAUCCCACGGCACGGGCCAAAAUGGCAGCGGUCAAGGGCAUCUCGAAGCUGUCCGGACAGGCCAAGUCCAAUACGUAUCCGCAACCGGAGGGCCUGCUCGCGGAAUGCAUGCUGACUUAUGGGAAGAAGCUCGGCGAGGACAACAGCGUGUUCGCGCAGGCGCUCGUCGAAUUCGGCGAAGCGCUGAAACAGAUGGCCGACGUCAAGUAUUCGCUGGACGACAACAUCAAGCAGAACUUUUUGGAGCCACUGCAUCAUAUGCAGACCAAAGACCUCAAGGAGGUAAUGCAUCAUCGCAAGAAGCUGCAGGGCCGGCGGCUUGACUUCGACUGCAAGCGUCGCCGGCAGGCCAAGGACGAUGAGAUUCGUGGUGCCGAGGACAAGUUCGGUGAAUCACUUCAGCUGGCCCAGGUGGGCAUGUUCAAUCUGCUCGAGAACGAUACGGAGCACGUCUCCCAGCUGGUCACCUUUGCCGAGGCACUAUACGAUUUUCAUUCGCAGUGUGCGGAUGUCCUUCGAGGCCUGCAGGAGACACUGCAGGAGAAGCGCUCCGAGGCGGAGAGCCGGCCACGCAACGAGUUCGUGCCCAAGACGCUGCUCGAUCUGAACUUGGACGGCGGUGGCGGCGGCCUCAACGAAGAUGGCACGCCGUCUCACAUUAGUUCGAGCGCCUCGCCGUUGCCCUCGCCGAUGCGCUCGCCCGCCAAGUCGAUGGCCGUAACGCCGCAGCGCCAGCAGCAGCCCUGCUGCCAGGCCCUCUACGACUUCGAACCGGAGAAUCCCGGCGAACUGGCCUUCAAGGAGAACGACAUCAUCACCCUGUUGAAUCGUGUGGACGACAACUGGUACGAGGGCGCGGUGAAUGGCCGCACUGGCUACUUCCCACAGUCCUACGUUCAGGUGCAGGUGCCCCUGCCCAAUGGCAACUAGGCUGUUCCUGUAUUCCUCGUAUUGAUCCUGAUCCCGCACUCCCAUCCCUUAAACCUAUCCCAUCCUAUCAAACUGGCUGAAGACGUACGUAGAUCGCUGAUUGGAGAACAAUAACCUAAAUGUUGGUUUCGCCACAAGAGGCGCGAAAUUGGGCAGCCGAAGCCGAUGCAGAAGCAGAUGCAGAUGCAGCAGCGGCAGCAGCAGAAGCACAUAAAUGCAAAUAUAUAUAUAGUUGAAUUAGAUGAGAGGGUUACUACGAUUACGGAUAUUACGAUACGGCUUAGCUAGCACACAGCAGGCUAAAUUCAUGGUGGCCAUAGAGCAAGCUAACUAAAUUUUAUGUGCAAAAUUAUACCAGUUGGCAACACAAUAAUUAACAAAUUAACUACGAGUUAAA